AUGAUUAAGCAUCAUUUAAAAUGGAAAAUUCCAAAAUAAGAUGUUGUUUAAGUUAAAAAUUAAACAAAAUCCACAUUCUACAUAGCCAGACGAAUAAUUUAAAGUAACAGUGAUAGAACAUUUAAUCUAAUGAAUAACAAAGUUACAGAUCAAAUAAUUAAUGAUAAAAAAUCAAUUCCUCCUUCUUCAAGAGCCAAUACUAUAUCUCAUUACAAGAGUUAUUCAACAACUCCUACUAAUAUAAAAGGAUAAUAAUAAUCUUAGAAUAUGGAUGAAUAAGCAUAACUCUUUAAUACAGAAAGACAUUAAUCAAUUAGCAUAUUAUCAUCAUAAUUUAAAAUUAAUACUUUGCCAAAAACUACUAGAGUUGUAUCACUUUAUUAAAUAUCUCCUUAAGAAGAACCUUAGAGUAAUUAAUUUUUUGAUUAGUAAAAACAUUAUUAUUAAUCUUAAUUUCGUUCAGCAAAAAAUGUUAAAUUAAAUCAUGAAGAUGAAAUAAAGAUAAAUUAAUAUCAUAAUGAUAUUAUUUAUCAAAAUUCUAUUAUUAUGAAUAAAGGCAUUAAAAAUAAAACACAAAUAUUCGUCAAUAUAACUUAUAAGGAAUAUGAAAGAAAAUCAAAAUAUUUAUUUUUACAACAUCAAAAAGGAAUAUAAAAACAAUAAAUUUUUUUAUAAAAGGUAAUGUAGAAUAUAAAAGAAUCAUAAAAUGAAAAAUCAGAUUCUAAAUUAUUAGUAAGAAAAUAUUCAAAAAUUUGGAAGGAGAAUUUUUCAUAAACAUAAUUUUAAGAGUAAUAAAAAUAUUCAUAAUCUUCAUUACAAUUUAAAUUGUAUUUUAAUUAAUUCAUUGAAAAAUGUUUAAAUAAGUUUCUUUUAUAUAAAUAAAUUAUAGAAAUAAUAGAAUAGAUUGAAAAAAAUAAAAUUUAAUUACAUGAAUCUGUUCAUGAUUUAAGAAUACUUUAUAUUGAAGAUCAUAAUAUUAAAUUUAAAGAAAUCGAAGAAUAAUAAUUUAGAUAUAAAUAAGAAAUUAUUUCAUUUGGAAUGUAAAAAAUAAUAAUAAUAUAGGUUAGUAUAGAUAUUUUAACUGAAGCAUAAGAUUAAGAGUUAUAAUCAGAGUAUUUAUAGUAGGAAUCAAAGGAUGAAAUUUCUAUAAAAAAAAUAGAAUAUUUUGGAAUUGAAAAAAAUUAAAACAAUUAAUAAUAUCAGAUAUUGCCAUUUAUUAGUAAAUUAGAUAAUUAAACAAAAAAUGAAUUAUUGUCUGUUGAUUAUAAUGAUAUGGAUAAAAUAAUAUAUUUAAAUAAUCUAGAUGAAUUUGUUCCAAAUAUUUAAAUUGAUGAUAUUUAAUUAAGUAAGUUUAUUUAAAAAAUAAUAUAUAAAAAAUAUUCUGAUAUUUUAAUAGGAAAUUAUAUAAAUAAUAAUGAAAUUAUUGAUCUUGAACACAAUAAUUAUCUAUAAUAAUAAUAAUAAUAAAUUGCUUUGAAUAUGGAUAAAAAAGCUAUGAUGAUGAAUCUUAGAAAAUAAACUAGAGAAACUAAAGUUUAACCAAAAGUAUCAGUAUUAGGUUUUCAAAAAGAGAAUAGAAUAAUUUAAUAAUAAUUGAUAAAUCAUAAUUAUCAUAAUAAUUUUCUUACUCCUGAAUAAUAAUCUAAAAUAGAUUUUUUUUAAAAUUAAAGCAAAUAAAUUUAAAGUCUUUCAGAAAAUGAAAUAGAUUAAAGAAAAGAAUUAAUUCAUACAAAUGAAAGUAACUAAGAAGAUGAAAUAUAAAAAUACUAUAAAGAUAAAGUAUUACAAAUAUUUUAAAUUUUAGCCAGUGAAAUAUAAAUAAUAGUUAAAAUUAUAAAAUCUAUAGAUAUUUGAUAAUGCCAUAAAGCAAGAACAUUCAAGUAUUAUUGUAGUUUAAAUGAUGAUUGAACACAAUUUUAAUGAUGAAUUAAUAGAUUAUUUAAAAAAAAAUCCAAAUUUUUCACUUAAUUCUAGGAAUGCAUAAGGAAAAACAUUGAUUAUGAUUGCUGCUUAAUCAGGAAAUAAAGAAUUAGUAUAGUAUAUGAUAAAUUAAAAUGUUUUGUUAAAUGUUAAAGAUGUAAUUUUAUUGUUUAAAUAUAGCUAGAGGGGAACACAGCACUUCAUUAUGCAAUUGUAUAUGGAUACUAUGAUAUUGCUGAUCUAUUACUAUUAAAUGGAGCAAAUCAAUAGAUUAAAAAUAGAAAUGAAUCAAAUUCAUGGAACUAGAAUUAAAAAUUACUUAAAAUUUAAUGA